AUGUCCCCAAUCACUACCCUAGCUUCCGAGGCAAACCAGCAGUGGUUCCAUAGUAGUGAGUCCAGUCCGUCUAAGGAGAUCCACAGUCGAGUCCAGAAGAUUCUCCACACCCAUUCUACUGACAGGAAACUACACUUUGACGAGGAUGGGUGUUCGGCUAAGCGGGGGCCUCCUCUCUCCUGUGAAGACUCUUUAUGUGACAGCCAGGCUUUCCAGGACAGGGACACUCCUGGAGAGACAUCUGUCCACCUGGACAAUGGGACAUUCUGGAGCAGGCAGGUUGCCAGCUACACAGGGAAACCCCACAGGGCUGUGUUUGAGGACAGUCUGGGACUCAUCUACAAGAACAUGUACAGGAGGGCCUUGAGCACCACCUGAGACCUACACUAUUAUUGCUUCAGACACCUGGCUGGGUUCCAAUUAUGACUGGUGGUACUUAAUUGCUAAGAUGAAGGAACACUGACCCUGUGCUAUACCAUAACCAACGCUUUGUCAUAUGUGCCCUGGUUACACUGAUUUUUAGCUCAUUUAUAGGGUUACAUGUGUGCACUAAUUACAAUUUUCCAUAUUUUUGUACUAAGAAUGUUUAUCUAAACAGAUAAUGACUGUACUUUUUCAAAAUGUCUUUCCUGUCCAUCUUGUGGAUUUGGUGUACUCAUUCUCUGGGUAGAAACUGGUUGAGCAGAUGUUAAUUCAUUUGAUCUCUUUAUGUGGAUUUGUACCCUCAGAUAAAAAAAAAAUCUCUUUCAUGUUCCAGCAAAUGUACACAUAAUGGAAAGGGUUGCAGAGAAUAGCUUUUGUAAAACAGUCCAUUUGGGCACAAAUCAGCCCAUUCAACUCAAUUGGCUUAUCAGGAUGAAGAUAAAGUACAGUUGACCAAUGGUGGUUUUGUUCAAUAAAUCAUUGGAAAGUUGAAAAUUAGUGCUUGAACUAAGUAUGUCCGUUCAUCCUAAAAUAUCAAUUCAUAUUGGAUAUGUCAGGGAAAAGUAUGAAUAGUUCCCAAGCAGUGUUUCUUGGCACUUCAGUCCAAAGCCUCUUCAUCUUGAUUUAAGUAUACUAAAUGGGGAAACUCCUAACAAGUAUAGCAAUGGUGCCUAUGCAUAAUAUUUGAAAUCUUGAUUUCCAUUGUUUAUGGCCAUUAAUUUAAAAAGGCCCAGUGCAGUCAAACAUGUUUCAUAUAUUGAACAAAAAUGCAACAUGUAAAGUGUUGGUCCCAUGUUUCAUGAGCUGAAAUUAAAGAUCCCUGAGACGUU